AGAUAAAUUAAGAUGGGAAUUCUGCAGCUGCUGCUACCUUUGUUUUUCUGCUCCAUUGUUCUUGUACCCAGCAAAGCAGCUGAUCAUGACUGUCCAGUUUCAAAGUGUAGUCCUGAUGGUCCCCUUAUCAAGUUUCCGUUCCGUCUAAAGCAUCAACCCCUUCACUGUGGCAAUCCAGAGUUUGAGGUUUCCUGCAGCAGAUUCAGCAAUAUGACCAUGAUUCAGCUCUCCUCAUCUUCAGGACUCUUCACCAUCCAAACAAUUGAUUAUGAAAAACAAUACUUCGACGUCUACAACAGAGAUGGCUGCCUUCCUAGACGGCUUGUAAACUUUACCAUCUCCAGCAGCUCACUCUUUCAACCAGCACGUUAUUUAUUUGGGAAUGACUACUGCAUCUUUUCUGGGAAAUAUUUUCCCGACUUAAAAUUACUGAAUUGUUCCACACCAGAAAACUUUAGCACGGGGAAUUUCAACAAGAAGUACAUUCCCAUCACAUGUCUUAGUAUACCAGGGUAUCAGGUUGUGGCUACUCUACCCUCAACUUCUUUCCUUGACUUGCCGGUGCCAACUUGCCGUAGUUUGAUUGGACCAAUCUAUCUUCCACUACGAAGAGUGGAUGGUAAUCCGGACAACUGUGUACCGGAUAGUGUAUUAAUUCUGAAAUGGGACUUGGGGAAUUUCACAGGAUGUCAAAACUGUAAAGCGGGAAGGUGCCAAUUCAAUUAUAACAGCAAUCAACUGGAGUGUCAUCCUGAACUCAGCCCUCCACCUCCACCUCCAGCUCCACCUCCACCUGGUGUAUCUAACUCAAAAAGGCCCAGGUAUAUCAUAGGAGUGAGCAUAGCUUGUUUUGUUCUCAUCUCAGUAGCAUCGGUAGCAAUUUUCUUCCAUGUCACACAAACAAAAAGGAUAGAGGAAAAGGAGAAUCAAAUGAAAAUUGAAAGGUUCCUAAAUGAUCACAAGUCUCAUGUACCCACUAGAUACUCCUGUGCUAGUAUAAAGAAGAUGACAGAUGGCUUUAAGAAAAAGUUAGGUGAAGGAGGUUUUGGAAGUGUUUUCUUGGGAAAGCUACCCAACGGUGUUCAAGUCGCCGUAAAAGUCCUCAAUGGUUCUAAAAGAAGUGGAGAAGAUUUUAUCAAUGAAGUGGGAACCAUUGGUAGAAUUCACCAUGUUAAUGUGGUUCGCUUACUUGGGUUCUCUGCUGAAGGAUGCAAGUGUGCACUCAUUUAUGAGUUCAUGCCAAACAAGUCCUUAGAAAAGUUCAUCACAUCUAGAGAAUCUAAUAAUAAUGACACUACAUUUGAUUGGAAGAAACUUCAGCACAUUAUCACGGGUAUAGGAAAGGGGAUUGAAUACCUUCACCAAGGGUGUGAUCAGAGGAUCCUCCACUUUGAUAUCAAGCCUCAUAAUAUCUUGUUAGACCAUGACUUCAACCCUAAGAUCUCUGAUUUUGGUCUUGCAAAACUCUGUUCCAAGGAAGAGAGUAUUAUAUCAAUGACUGCUGCUAGAGGCACAGUAGGCUACAUCGCACCCGAAGUGUUCAUUAGGAACUUCGCAAACGUGUCCUACAAAUCUGAUAUAUAUAGUUUUGGGAUGCUAGCGCUUGAAAUGAUAGGAGCUAGAAGGGAACCUCCUCUUGGAACUAUUAACAGUGAGGUGUAUUUUCCUGAAUGGAUUUAUAAGCGUCUAAUUCAGGGAGGAACAUUGGAUUUGAAGCUAGAUACUGAUGAAGAUGCUCAUGUUGCAAAGAAACUAGUGAUUGUUGCACUAUGGUGCAUCCAGUGGCACCCGGUGAAUCGCCCAUCCAUGAAAUCUGUUAUUAGAAUGCUAGAAGGAGAUUCUGAAAGCUUGAUCAUGCCACCAAAUCCAUUCACCUUCACAAGUACUCAGACAAGUUAGCCACACUAUUGAGCAAGUUAGAGUAAUAUACUUCUGCUCAGGUCUGCAAUAAAAAGGUCGACUAUGGUGGUGUUGAUAAUUGAUACUCAUUAUCAUUGUAAAUGUUUUCUUUAAUGUGUAUUUCAUGAGAUUGACUCCUGUACGCCGACUAUUUGUAGCCUAUAGGUGCCAGACUCAUAUAUGAAUGAAAACAAAACACUUUCAGAUA